AUGCAAUUGGACUUUGGUUGUGCCAAUAUAACCGAGUCAGGCUGGAGGAAGCUGGGCACAGAAAGAAGAGCGCAAUGGAAGUGUCCGCAAUGUCGUCCUUCCUCGCCUACUAUGCCUGCAUCUGCUUCGGAGCCGUCGGUGUCUGCAUCACUUGACGUGAUUUUAUGUGAAAUCAGAGAUAUAAGGCGACAACUAGUGAAUUUGCCAACCUUAGUAGACGAUAUAAAAACUAUAAAAGAGGAGCUUUCCGAGCUUAAAAUGUUUUCCGAGUUCUCAAGCGGCAGGCUUGACGACUUUCAGGCUAAGCUUGUAGAACUAGAGGCCACAGUAGGCACUACCGUUGCAUUACGGGACUCAGUGAAUAUUGUUCAAGCUGACAUGGCCAAACUGCAAUUUAAAUUGGCCUCAGAUGACCAAAGAUCAAGACUGAACAAUGUUGAGAUCAAAGGCAUACCUCUGAAAACCAAUGAAAAUUUGUUCAGUAUUAUGGAGUCUAUCUGCCGUGAAGUCAAAUAUAACUGCCCCAAAUCGGCAAUAAACUAUAUUUCCAGAGUCCCCAUGCAGAACUCUAAAGAAAAACUUAUCAUAGUCAGCUUCUUAAACCGUUACAUCAAAGAAGAAUUUAUUGCUGCAGCGCGUGCUAUUAAGGAACUUACGACGUCAAACUUGGGAUUUCACUGUUCACCGCAGCGUGUCUACAUAAACGAUCAUCUCACCGUCGAGUCAAAACAAUUAUUAAGUAAAGUUAAAGCCAUAGCCAAAGAACGCAAUUACACAUUUGUAUGGGUAAAGUAUGGUAAAAUACAUAUCAGGAAAAAUACCUCGUCGAAAACUAUUAUUAUUAGGAAGGAGACAGAUUUAAACAAAAUUAUUUAA